GGGGAAGAGAGCAGGACGGAGAAGAGAACAACGACACGAGGUGAAGAGAUGGCUGAAGGAUACCUGGACAUGUCAUCAGACGUCGACUCGCUGACGUCGCCCGUGAGGGGAGGUGGAGGUGGUGAGCUCGACGCAGCUGCGUUCUCGCGCAAGCCGCGCAUUCCGCGGACGCCGCCGGCAGCAGCAUCGCCACCACCCGGCGACCGGAUUGGCAACUCGCCCGAGUACAGCUUUGCUUAUCACGAGGAGCUGAUUGACUCGCCGCUGGCGCCGUCGUCGGCGGCAUGGGCGUCGGCGCGGGCCCGGCUCCAGCACGAGCUGCAAGUCGACCAGAAGGAGGUCCUGGCGUCGUUCACCAACGCCACGGCACCGAUUCCGGCUGUGCCGGACUCGCCGUCAGCGCUCAUCACCUCAUUCUCGUCGGCGCAGGAUGACGAGCUGCUGGACUCGGUAUUUGAGGAGAACGCAGCGUAUACGCCGGUCAAGUCGUCGGUGUAUGCCGGGCCGUCGGUGGCUGGCUCGCCGCAUGGCGGCGCGGCUGUCGGCCACCCCGAUGACGAUGACGACGAAACCGACGAGGCAGACAACCUCGUGGUGCAGUCGUCGGCGCGAAGGACUCACGCUGCCGACCAAGAUGACGACGACGACGAGGAGGAGGAGUACGACGGGGACUCGGGCCACAUCGGCAACGGCGGGGCAGACUCGACCUCAUUUGACGACGCCGGCUCGUACUCGGCCUCGCCGCCGUUGCCAACCACGGCGCCACCGGUCCGCGGCGGGCCAUACCGGGUUGUUGACGGCGAGGACGAGGACGACGAGGACAUCUCGGACGAGUUUGUCAUCGACGACAACAAGGACGUCGAGGCCGAGCUAGGCUCGCCGCCGCGCGGGCCGCGGACUAUCGACAGCCACGGGAACGUUGCGACGGGCACCUUUUUGCCGUCGCGCGAGCUGUCGCGGACGCCGGCACGGGUCACACCACGCGGCUCGGAAGCCGCGGGCAUGACACUCCUCGAACACGCGGCAAUGCUGCAGCAUACGCAGGCCGAGCCGUCCUCCGUCGAGCGGCACCAUGACUUUGCCGACCAUGAUCACGAUCCGCAGUUUGACGCCAGGCCAGGAGCGAGCAGCCCACCGGCUCGCGGUGGACAGACGGCCGUCCCCCGCCUCCCGCCGUCGCCGGACACCCCACUGGGAAACGACCAGCCGCCGCGGCUUGGUGCCGGAGUUGGCGCAGCGAAUACGUCCGUGUCGGCCGGCGAGGACGAGCUCCCGUUUCAGUCGCAGUUUUAUGUCCCAACACCUACCACCGGCGGUGUCCUCCACGAGGAUCGCAAGUCGCUCUCGCUCAGCCCGGCGCGGCGACCCGAGGCACAUCGCGCACUCCCGCCGCAUGUGGCAGACCGCAGCAGUGGACACGCCGGCCGUGGAGUCGCGGCACCCGAGCCUCGUUCGCGGAAGCGGACCCGAAGCUCGCGCUCAGGCCGUGGGCGGCGGGCUGACGGUGGCGUCUCGCACUUUUCGUCUGGCGACGUCGACGGUGGCGGCAGCUCUUACUCGUACUCGCUCGGCGACGGGUACUACUCUUACGACGACGGCGAUGAGUACCGAUACCCGACUGGCCAGGGACAGCAGCUGCCGUUUCGGUUUCUGCAACAGCAGGAUCUACAGUCACUGCGCGAGCAGGCAGACUCUGUCACGCCAGAGCAUCCGCUGGCAGCGGCGCAGGCGCAGGCACAGGCGCGGAUGCAGUGCCCGGGCCCGGAUGGCCCGCCAACGCAGGGUAGCGGGCUCGCGCGCGGUGGCUCGCCAGUGCAAGGUGGUGGGCCCGCCCGCGGCGGACCUCCGCCCGGGCCACCGAGCGGCGACAUGGUCCCGCGGGCGCAGUUUGAGCGCAUGCGCGACUCGCUUGAGCAGCGGCUGCAAGAAGUGACCGGCGAGGCGCAGGAGCUGCACAAAGCUCUCGAGUACACGCGGAGCUCGGCCAAGGCCGAGAUUGAGCGGCUACGCGGCCAGCUCGAGGCUGCGGCCGCCGAAAUCGACGGGCUCCGGGCGGCGUCAGCGGCCGGCGAGUCGGACCUCGCGGCACAAAUGACCGCGGCCACGGCCAAGAUCCGUGCUCUCAGCGACGAGGUGGCCGCGCUCAAAGCUGGUGAGGCGGCGCUGAAGCAGAAGGCGGCGUCGGCGGGAUCGGAGGCCGAAGGUCUGGCGCGGCAGGUGACGACGUACAAGGAAAAGGUCGAGUCGUUGCAGGAUUUGGUGACCCGGCGCGAGGUGGAGAAGGAAGACGCGCUCUUCAAGCUGGGCGAGUCGCAGACCAUGUGCAAGCGGCUGGAGGAGCAGUGCCGAUUGCUGGCGACGAACACCGACUCGUCGUCGUCGGCGGUGAAGCGGAUGAAGGAGGAGGUGAGCCGAAUGGCGUCUGACCGCGACGCCGCUGCGGCUGACCGCGAGCAAGCGCGUGAUGAAGCAGUCGCGCUGCGGGCGCAGAUGGAGUCGAUGCACGCGCACAUGUCGCGACUGGCAGACCAGGCUGCAGCGGCCGAGCAGAACGCAGCGUCGUAUCGCGCAGCUCUGGACGAUGCGUCGUCGGGUGGGUCGGCCGCUGCCGCACUCGAGUCCCGGGUACAGGAGCUACUGGAGCAGAACCGCGGUUUGCGGCAGGCGCUCGAGCAGGCUCGUGCCAGCGGUGGCGGGAGCGGACCCGAUCCUGGCAUGCUGGCCCAGCUUCGCUCGCUGCAGGAAGAGAACCAUGCGCUGCGGCGUGCCGCUAGCGGCCCUGCCGGCGGUGGCAGCGGCAGCAUCGGCAUGGGCCGGUCGAGGCCGACGACAUCAGCCGGGCCGGGAUCGAUCAUUGGGCCAGCAGCCUAUGAGCGUGAGCGUGAGCGGCCGCGCGAGUUGGAGCGUGGGCGGCCACGGGAGCGUCAGCCUAGGGGCGGAGUGGACGAGGGAUGGCGUCCCGGCACUGCGCCGGCGUCGUCGCCUCCGCGGCGUGUGCGGCCAGGCCAGGCGCCUGUCUCACCGUAUCGGUCGACGUCGCCGGUCAGGCCGGACCACUCGUCAGCUGACUUUGGAUGGUCGGAUCCGGAGACCGGCGAUCGGUGGCAGACAUCUUCGAUGGCGUCUUUCUCGCCGCCGAAGAAGCAGAGCAGUGGUCGGCCGCACACGAUGGAUGGCGGUCGCGGAGGUAUGCGCUCGAUGGUGUUUGGUGAUGAUGAGAUCGGGCGGCCGAGGCGGCCUUUCCGCGAUGUCGAUCACGUCGGCUCGUUGCUGGUUGACCCGCAGACUGCCGAACCGCGUCAGCGCGGGAGGCCCGAGCGCCGAGCAGUGCCUGAGCGUCGCGAGCCGCCCCCACCACAGCAUCCGCAGUACCCCGGCGGAGGAGGCCCCGGGUCGCAGGUUGAGCGACGGCUGCGGCGGCGCGAGCCGCAGGCACGCGCGCCGCAGCAGAUGGAGCCGUACGCGACGGCGGCAUCGCUGCAGGCGCGAAUGGAGCAGACCGGGCGGAUGGAGAACCAGCUGAUGCAGUUCUCGCUUGAGAAGCAGAGCCUCGAGUCCAAGCUCGCGCGCAUCCCGUCACACCCCAAGACGCGCCGCGAGCGCGAGGAGCGAUCGGCGGUGGAGCAUAGGCUGGGGCAGGUGGACAAGGCUAUUUCGCAGAUCCGCUUCUCCCUCCGCGACAUGCACGUCAUCGAGUGAAAGAGCUCGUGUUUUACGCUUCGCACGACUGCCACGGCUGCGAG